AUCACAGUUACCAAACAAUAAACAUUUUAAAAUCUAUUUUCAACAAUCCGAAAAGUUAGAAUCUUUAGAUUGUUGACAAUCUAUAGAUUUAAACUCAUAUUCUCCAAACUACCCCUUACUUCCAAUCAUGUGAUGCACAUAAAUUAAAAUGAAUACGUUCAAAUGCACAUGGUGAGGAUGAUGUGUGAACUCCAUGAUACCCCCACGAAUAUGAUCACUGAUCACACCUCUUCUCCUGAGAAUUGGAAAUGCGAGGAUUUUGGCCAAUAUUCAAUUGAUUUAACAAGAGUCUCUUGAAAUUAAGGUUGUCAAAUCUGAUUAAAUCAUCAAACUGAUUUCUAAUGUCAAAUAAGUUAUGCAUAUAUUUGACAAAUUUUAAAACAAUCUCACUAAUUUACAUUCAUACAUCACCAACAUAUUUUUUUCAAAGUAUAUAUUGCAAAAUUAUCAACCCUCAAUCUUCAAACCUUAUUUGCCAGGCCUUUUUUUCAAAACUGUCCAACCAAGUGUAUUCCAACGACCGAUUUUGGUUAGAUCCGAUUGAACCGGCCGGCCGAAUGGGAGUUUUACAACCUUGCUUGAGAUAAAACUACCCUUUUCAUAAAAAAUUAAUAAAAUAAGAAAUAUCAAAAUUUACUAAAAAAAGAAAAAGAAUUACCCAAAAAAAUUACAAAAAUGGAAAACGAAAUUCAGAAAUCUCUACCCCCGUCCCCUUUCCCUGCUUCUCCUCUUCCACUCGGAGACUAAUCGGCGGCCACCACACAUAGCACUCUCCGACCCCAUAACCGUCACCAUCUCCCUCUUCUUCUCCCUCAUCUUCAUUUUCAAUUUCGAAACCCUUGUCCCCAAAUCGUCAAACCCCAUAACUACGCCAGAAAGAAGAGCGGAGUCUUUGUCUUCUUUUCAGGACUUUGAUGACUCGUCGGACUGAUACGAGCGACUCAGAUUUGGGAGACAACGAUGAUGGUGGGUAAAUGGUCGUCGGUUGCUUUAUCUCUCUUACCCUUCUCUCGAUUUCUUCCUCAAUGGCUCUGGUUGGGAGAUCUGGGUUUAGAGAUUUUCUGUGCAGAAACGGGCACAACAGAGGGAUGCCACCACCGACGGCCAAAAGAAGAAAACAAAAGACCCAAGCACAACCCCCAUCCCCAAAUCGCAACAACCCCCUACCCUAGCCCCAAAUCACAACAACCCCCAUCCCGGUUUCUCUAACCCUCCUCCACCUCGUCGCCAUCGUCGGUGAAACCCAUUCCACUGAAUUAAUGGGAGAUUCAGGAAGCAGCAGCGAUGGAGCAAGGUCUGGGACUUGGUGUUGAAUAUGCAGGGUCGGGUGAGCAGGAAAUCGAAGCGACAAAGAAGGAAGGCGACGGCGGUGAGGAUAGUGUCGGUGGUGGAUCUCCUCUCCCAAAUGAUAGAUCCCCGCCCUCUCCGAUUCCCUGGUCGCGAGCAGAAGGAGGAGGCGGAGGAGUGAAGAUGAACUUUUUAUAUUGAAUUUUAUUUUUUAUAAUAUUUUUAGCAAUAUUCUUGAAUUAAUUUUUUAAAUAUUUAAAAUAUAUUUUUGAUAUAUUUUUGAAUUAAAAUAUUAUGUGGAAAUGACAUGGCGCCUAUGUGGAUGCCACAUUUUUUUCCAAGUUAGCAAAAUUCAACAAUAGUUUGACCUCCGUCUAGUCAACCGUUAUCUUUAGCGCUUAACGAAAUCGGGAGAACAUAAAUGAGAAAAAGGAACAUACGAAAUGACAUAAAUGAAAUAUUGAAAAGAAUAGGACACAAGUGGCAUUUUUGUCAUAGUUCGAGUGUUGUAGUGGCAUUAGCCCUUUUGAAUAUGAUGAUCUCACGUUUGAAUCUAUUAUCAAGUACUAGCGUGGAGCCCCAGCCAGUUGGCCGAUGAGGUAUAAAAUUUGAGAAUGUAAUGGGGGUAUUGGGGUGUAUAGCUUAUUAUUGUAUAGUUUUUUUUUGAAAACACGUGAUAAAGAUAGUGAAUUUAGCAAGAAGGAGGCAUGGAUGAUGUCACGAAUAAAAAAUCAGCCUUAUGAACCAAGUUCGAGUACCUGUUACCUUGUGAAACAGUAUUAUUUCUGGUAAUAUGAUGAGGUAGAGUAAGAUUAUAGAAACCGAAUAAAAAUUGCAUAUUUCGUCGGUCUUUGGGGAAUGAGCAUCUCAUAAUCUUUGCUAGCUUUAACUCGGCCCGUUGGCUGAUUAAUUUUCUUUAUAAAACUUUCAUCUUGUCGUUAAAGUUAUUAAUUCGAAUGGAACAAUCCAUUCAUCAAUUCACGGAAAGGGUUAAAUGGUUAACCUAGGAUCCAACUUGAUUAGUCUAGUUUUUCUAAUUUAAAACAUAUAUUAUGCUAUUAUUUUAUAUCUUAGUGACUAAAAUAUAAUGUAUUUUAAAGUUAUUAAAUGGUUCAACCUCAACCAACCCGAUUAGUCCAAUUUUUAUCAUUUCAAAUAUAUAUUAUGUAAUUAUUUGAUAUCAUAAUGAUAAAAUUAUAGUGUAUUUUAUAGGAAAUCGUUUAGUAUUUGUUAGUAAAAUGCUAAACAGAAA